AUGUUUAAACGCACCCGAGGUGAAGAUGAAGUAGUUGAGGUGUACGCAACUCUACUACGGCAGAGUGGGGCUCGUGCCAUUGAGCGUAUACGUCAGCGACGUGGCAGCGGUACCAACAGCGUCAUGCCGAUUGAUGCCCUCGUCAUUCGUUACGCUAUGUGGUUUCUUGAUACGUCCGCGUUCCCCGCUGUCAGUUAUGUAACGCAAGCGCAGCGGGUCGUGACGGAGGCGAUUGAGCGCGUUUCGUACCCACAACAUUUCAGUUUUAUUCCACUUUCGACGCUUGUGGAAUGUCUUGUGUCAGAGAACACAGCAGAGGUUAUGCAACAGACAGUCGUCUCCAUUGAAGAAUUUAUUGAUGCUCGAGAUGCGUUGGGAAGGUGGAUUGACGAAAAUAUUGGUAACGCAGGCGGGGAACGGUACGAACGAUACAACCAUUACAGCGGCGGCGAAAAAGAUGAAGAGGCUGAGAUUGCUCUUGAGCGGGCGGGCAUACUGUGGCGCAGUGCGUUGUACUGGGUGGCGGUAUUUGAAUACAUUGAGGCCCUCUCGCUCAGCAGUGCUAAGGUAAAUGUCUUCGCAUUACGACCCAGGUAUGAACAGGAGUUAAUGAAUCUGCUCAACUCUAUUGCAGCACCCAAAGACUCGGUGUACUGGAAACGGCAACAGGGUGUGAAUGCCCCUACCGACAAUCUUUCGAUGCUGCCAUUAAGCGCGAGUGCCACUACCCGUGACGGUGGCGAAAUAGCUGAUAGCUCAACCGAAGGAGAGGACACGGAGAGGAUGCAAGCAGACGGCGGUGACAACACUUCGUCUCGUGCAACAGAGCCGACUACGGCAACAAAGGAGGCGGAUCCUAAUGAGGUUGGUAGUGACGCCACUGAUGGGAUUGGCAAGCUUUUGGUCGAUCUUAUAGCACUUGUGAACUGUCCUUCUGAGACCCCUGGGUCUGGUACUAGAAUAAACCCAAUGUUUUACACCAUGGUUCAUGCACGGCUGAAUGUUAUUGCGGCCUGUGAACGCCUUAACCGCUUUGGUAGCUCUGCGCGUGUCGCUCCCCCGCCGCUCACCGCGUCAUUGCAGUCGCUUCAAUCUCAGCGUGAGGCUCUCAAUGCUGGUCGGCAUCGGCGUGAUGCUCACUUAGAAACCAGUGGGGAAAUUGGACUUCCGUUGGAUUUUGUGCCAAGUGAGGCGUACCUGCGGGCGGCACUGGAGAGGGAAAAUAUCACGCUUGAGGAGGACGAGGAGCUUUUCAAGGAUGAGAUUGUAGACUACUAUAAGCGUCAGCAACAGCAUCAACAUGCCCCACCACGCGAUAGGAGUGGCCCAAAGGAGCCCACCGUCUUGAUGAAACCGCAUCGUUUCUGCAAGGUGAAGACAGGCUACACAUGGACUCAGUACAAUCGCACGCAUUAUGAUGUACGCUCGAAUCCCCCACCCCGAAGUGUGCUGUGGUAUGAGUUUACCCUUUUUUACCCGGCACUCGCUAGCACGAAACGCGACAUGAGCCGAAUCUACCACAUUGAAGACACAUCCAGAGGAUCCAAGGAUGAUUACUGUGUGUUGGUGUUCUCAGUGGGGCCACCGUAUGCGGAUGUGGCCUAUCAAAUUGUUCGAAAGCAGUGGGACCCACGCCCGGGAGGGGUUCGCGCAAGUUUUGACAGCAGCGGUACUUAUCGGCUUUUCUUCCGCUUUACCAACAGCAAUUAUCGACGGUAG